UUGGUACUUCUGCAGCAUUUGAAAUCCUCAAGAACCUACGAGAGUUGUAUUUGAGUUCCAACCAAUUCAGCGGAAACAUUCCAAAAUUCUUGUUCUCGCUUCCACAUAUCGAACGGUUGGACCUCUCGACGAAUUUGCUCGGAGGACAAAUUCUUAUAAAUUCAUCUUCGGAUCUUUCAUUGUCCCUUAAGAGUCUUGGGUUUUCCCAAAAUAAUUUGAGUGGUAAACUUUCUUUCAUUUGGCUUCAAAACCUCACAAAGCUAGAAGAGAUAGACCUUUCAGGCAAUGGUAACCUAGUUAUUGACAUCAAUAUUCCUGGAUGGACACCUUCAUUCCAAUUGAAACAGUUAGUGCUCUCUGGCUGUGACCUUAACAAGAACAUUAUUGCAGAACCACAUUUUUUACUCACACAGCAUCAUUUAGAGGUGCUUGAUUUGUCCAGCAAUAACUUGUCAGGCAGCAUGCCCAAUUGGUUGUUUACAGAGGAAACAAAACUACAACAACUAUAUCUUGGGAAUAACUCGUUAACUGGAUCGCUAGACCCAAUAUGGCAUGCCCAAUCUUCUCUCAGCCGUAUCGACAUACACAUGAACCAUGUCACAGGAGAGCUGCCGGCCAACCUCAGCUCAAUGUUUCCAGUUUUGUAUUAUCUAGAUUUUUCUAGUAACGACUUGUUUGGGCACAUACCAACGUCAAUGUGCGAGAUCAGCUCCAUGGGAUUUUUAGACCUAUCAAACAACAAACUUUCUGGAGAGGUUCCAACUUGUGUAUUUACUAAUUAUCCCAGGCUACUCAUCUUGAAGUUCUCAAACAAUAAGCUUGAUGGUCUGAUUUUUGGUGGGAUGAAUAAUCUGUCCAAUACUUUUUUUGAGUUGUGCUUGGAUGGUAACAAAUUUAAAGGGACAUUGCCUCAUGAUCUGUCAGGAGAGUUAAUAAAGGUCAUUGAUUUGCAUGAUAACCAGCUGUCUGGCGAACUCAAUACGUCAUUUUGGAAUAUGCCCUCUUUGUCAGCCCUGAAUCUUGCAGGCAACCGUAUAACCGGCAAAAUUGAUCAGCACAUUUGUAGCUUCACAGAAAUUAUCCUUUUAGAUCUGUCGCGCAACAGCCUUACAGGGUCAGUACCAAACAGUUGCUUCAUAGUGCUGAAUUUUCUUAACCUUACUGGGAACUCCUUAUCUGGCGAUAUCUCUUUUCCCCUUUUCAACACAUCAAGUCUAAUUGCUUUGGAUAUCAGACACAAUCAGUUCAUGGGCAACCUCAAUUGGGUAGGUUACCUUGAAAAUAUUAGGCUACUUUUGUUGGGCGGAAAUAAGUUUGAAGGGCAGAUCACUCCAAACCUGUGCAGACUCAUGUACUUGAGGAUACUUGAUUUUUCUCAUAACAAGCUUUCAGGCUUGCUACCAGCAUGUAUUGGUAAUAUAUCUUUCAAAGGUGACACAGAUGAUCAAAUUUUGCAGCCAGUCCUUCUAGUUAUUUUUUCUGACAUCCCGGCCGCUUACUAUGACUUAUUAGUAGACUUCACCUUUACUACCAAAGGGAAUCUCUACACGUACGGACGCAGUUUCUUUGUUUCAAUGUCAGGGAUUGACCUGUCUGUAAACAUGCUGGAUGGAGAAAUUCCUUGGGAGCUUGGAAAUCUGAGCCAUAUCAAAUCCCUGAACCUGUCCAACAAUUUAUUUGUUGGUCCAAUCCCAAUGACCUUUGGCGGCAUGGAGGAAAUAGAAAGCUUGGACCUCUCCCACAAUGAGCUGAGCGGACCAAUACCUUGGCAGUUAACCCAGUUAUCAUCAUUGGGGGCAUUCUCUGUGGCAUACAACAACUUGUCAGGAUGCAUACCAAACUAUGGACAGCUCAGCUCAUUCAACAUGGACAGCUACCUAGCCAACACCAACCUUCACAACAUUACUCAGGGGAAUACCUGUGCUGCUCCCGGUCUAGAUCCUGCUGCGGGGAAAGAUGUGGAAGAGACACCCAGUGACCCAGUUCUAUAUGUGGUCACAGCUGCUGGCUUUGUGUUGGCAUUUUGGGCCACUAUUGGAUUCUCGUUUUGCCAUCCUUACGGAAGAUCUGUAAUGCUCAAGUUGUAGUGCUUGAGCCAAACAUCCGUACUACAGUCAUGUACUAUAAUCUUUAAAUGUAAGAUCCACUGAGCUUCCUUAAGUUUCUUUCUGGCUCUAAUGUAACCUACUCUACUUUGUAACUGUUGUACUAUUUCUUAAAGAGAAUGUAUCAGACCCUUUACAUAUGCAGGAAAUAAUGGAGGUUCAUGCAGUCAUGCUGGCAAAGUCGCCACUAAUUCAUUCUCUUGCUUGUUCUUGAUGACCUUUCACCCUUUUCCAGAAUCUGAUCCUAUGGCCAGUGGCACCAGCAUACCUCCUUUGCAAUCAUCAGCCGCUCCGCUAUUUUUAAACUUUUUGCUAAAAAAUAUUUUAUCACUCUAAUAGUCUGUAAAAAGGAAUUUAUCUAAACAUCGACAU